CUCCCGGCCUGGCCAAUGGGCGCAGGGCCGCCGGUGUCGCCGUCUCUCCGGCUGAGGGAAGAGGCUGGCGAGGCCAUGGCGACGCCGCGGCGGCUGCUCCUGCGGGCCCUGGCGCUGGGUGGGCUGGCGCUGCUGGUCGGCUGGGGCGGCUCCGGCGUGGAGGGGCAGAAGAAAAAAGAGAUGGUGCUUUCAGAAAAAGUGAGCCAGUUGAUGGAAUGGACUAGCAAAAGGUCAGUUAUUCGACUGAAUGGGGACAAAUUUCGACGUCUCAUAAAGGCACCACCAAGAAACUACUCUGUGAUAGUAAUGUUCACCGCUCUUCAGCCUCACAGACAAUGUGUUGUUUGCAGGCAGGCUGAUGAAGAGUACCAGAUUCUGGCAAAUUCCUGGCGAUACUCAAGCGCAUUUACCAACAAGAUCUUUUUUGCUAUGGUGGAUUUUGAUGAAGGAGCUGACGUAUUUCAAAUGCUCAACAUGAAUUCUGCUCCAACCUUCAUUAAUUUCCCACCAAAAGGGAAGCCAAAAAGAGGAGAUACUUAUGAGCUGCAAGUGCGAGGUUUUGCCGCUGAACAGCUUGCCCGCUGGGUGGCUGAUAGAACAGAUGUCAAUAUCCGAGUGAUAAGACCACCAAACUAUGCUGGACCCUUGAUGUUGGGGCUGCUGCUGGCUGUCAUUGGUGGCCUUGUCUAUUUAAGAAGAAGCAACCUGGAUUUCCUCCAUAACAAGGCGGGCUGGGCCUUUGCUGCUUUGUGUUUUGUUCUGGCUAUGACAUCAGGGCAGAUGUGGAAUCACAUCAGAGGGCCACCAUAUGCUCAUAAGAACCCUCAUACAGGUCAAAUGAGCUACAUCCAUGGGAGCAGUCAAGCACAAUUUGUUGCUGAAACGCAUAUUGUUCUACUGUUUAACGCAGGUGUCACUCUGGGGAUCGUGCUCCUUUACGAAGCUGCUACAUCCGACCUGGAGGUGGGGAAGAGAAAAAUCAUGUGUGUGGCUGGCAUCGGCCUCGUGGUGGUGUUCUUCAGCUGGCUCCUUUCAAUUUUUAGAUCCAAAUACCACGGCUAUCCAUACAGCUUUCUGAUGAGUUAAGGAUGUUGCUGCUUUGUGGCUCACAGAAGUGGAGCAAGAUCCAGAUAUCCUACCUCUCUUUGAAAUGAAUGAAAUCAUUGCACACCAAACCAAAGAUAUCUAGUGCCUUGGCAAGACAAAUUGUUUGCCCUAAACAUCAUGAUGCAUAAUUGGAAUGCAUUCCUGUUCCCCAUUUAUUUGAAGCCAGGGGUAACCUGUAUUCUGAGCUUUGUGCCGCUUGCCGUCUUAAAAGCAAGUGAGCCUUAAUUCCCAGGCCACCGUUCAAAAAGCCCAACUAGGUGCAUGCUUAUGUCUUGCGAAUGCAUGGAGACGUUUGCUGUUUGCGGCUCCGUGUGCUGCAAGAUCCUCAGAAGUGGCUUAUCCGGGGGGGGGCUGGGGCUUUUUCAGAGCAAUCCUGUAACAGAUAAGCUCCCAUCACUGCCAUUGUUCCAAUUUCCUGCAAGGGCCUUAUUUUUCAGUCAGGUUUCUCAGUGGGGAGAACUCUUGCCAGGCCUGGGCAAUACGUCCCUUGCUGUGAGGGAAGGGAGUCAGAUUCCGGUGUUUUGGCUCUGCGCAGGGGGUGAAUUCCCUUCAGCUAAAGAGUAGACUAACCCACAGAGAAUCAUUGAGGGGAAAAACAUUGAAGCUCCCAGCACUUAUUUAUGCUGUCUUGAUGAUGUGGCUUCCUUGGGCCUUUUCUUUGAAGAGGAAUGAAGAAGGAUGCCACGUGUGAGACCAUUUCUGUUGUUGUUUACUUGGUCACCAGCUGAGCAGAAUCUCCCAGAAUAAUACGCUGCCUUCUCCUCACUUGUGGACAGUUUUGAGAUCUGGCACCACCAUGUAGAUUUAUCUCUACAGUGAAGUUCCAUUAUUGCGCUGAUCUUUACCAAACGCAGUCACCUGCUCAACUUUGAUAAUGGCAUUGCUUGUUGUGGGUUGGACUAGGUAUUCAGUCCUCCACUAUAUUCCUGAAACACGUGACUGGUGACUGGCAUUCUUAAAAUUCUUUCCAUAACUGGCCAAUUUGGAGGCUGAACACAAAAGCAGGAUCUCUUCUCUAUCUCCUGUCCUGGGUGCUGUGUGUGUAACCCUGGGCAUCUGAUAUCGAAACCAAAGGGCAGCCCUCACUUUAAAAAAUGGCUGAUAUGGGGGGGGAGGGGGAACCACCUUAAACUGAAACAUUUCCCAUUAUGAAUCCUGACCAGAUAUCAAACAUGCUAUUCUGUCUGCCUUUGGCAAUGGAGCCUAAUAUUCGGUGGAUUUCUUUACUUCCAAGACAUUUUGGAGAUGAAAGAGAAAAUCCCAAAAUGCGUAGAGGCUGUAAUAGCUGAGUUUUUCUUCAGGCGAGAGCUGUGUGCCGUUUGCAUAGUUCUCCCUUCUUCUCUGGGUCCUGCUUGGUUUUUGUGUGAAGGCCCAGAUCUCUAGAGGACCACUUGCUGGAUUUGGUAACAUUAGCUCAUUUGGGGCAGGGUCUAAUAAGGGCUGUAGAAGACCAAGAAAAAUACAUUUCUCCUAGGGAAGUAGCUACGAUUGUAACUCAGCUGUAUAGUUUUCUCUUGCACAAGUUUCCUAUAUUCAACUACUUUUCAAGUGCCUUAACACCAUUAGACUAUUUUUUCAGUAUUUAAUUCCAACAAUAUUUGAAAAAUGCAUUUUUAUAUGAUUGAGAGCAUCCAAGUUGUAGCAUGGGUAUUGAAACGACUACUGUGGAUAUUUGCCAGAUUUCAAUAAAUACUUUACAAACAUGGA